AUGUACCUCCCGCGUCCAUUGAUCUCACAGCUCUACACAAACCUCAUCCGCUCCCACCAUCCACUUUCUCCUCCUGUCCUGCUACUGGUUGCUCUCGAACCAGAUUCAUUAUGCGCGUGUCGCAUCCUCACGGCGCUUCUCAAGCGCGACUACAUCCCUCACAAAAUACAGCCGGUCUCGGGAUAUUCAGACCUGUCCAGAGCUGGCGAAGAACUGGUGCGGCCCAUGAAAACCACCGAAGGCGGUAGUGGUGGACUAGUCAUUUGCCUCGGUGUUGGAGGACUAGUUGACCUGGGAGCUCUUCUAGGCCUGGAGGACGAAGAGUCGAAUGAGACGAUGUGUGGGGUUGAAGUAUGGGUUCUGGAUGCAAGAAGACCAUAUAACCUGGACAACGUCUUUGGCGGGCAGCCGAUUGAGGCGCCAUCAGGCGACGUGGUCAACGAGCUGAGACCACGCGUGCGUGGGGUGGAGAAAGGUUGCAUUCAAAAGUCAUACAAGCCCGGAAAGGGCGGCAUUAUUGUCUUCGAUGAUGGAGAUAUUGCAGGCGACCUGGAAACGGAAAGAAACGCGUAUUGUGCACUAGCUGAAAUGCCUCAAGUCGACGGAGAUGAGAGUGACGGUGACGACGAACAGGAAGAGGACGAUGAAACUCAAGACAGUGCCUCGUCGAGAAAACGGAAGUCCUGGUCUGACCGCGAUAACGAAGACGAGGACAGCGAAGAAGAUGAAGAGAGGCCACGCCAACGGCGGAGGAGCAAUUCGGGAUCAUCUAUCGCGUCACCCCGAAGCAGGAGUCCUUCUUCCUCCCAGCCAGUAUCCCCAGGGUCCAAAGCACAAUCCCCGAAACCGCAAACAGCAGUACAGCUACGUCGACGGUUACGAAAGUUACGGGAAGAACAUGAAACGGUGCUCCGGCAAUACAACAGUCUGGGCACUUCUUACUCUGAGCCAGUGUCUACACUAGCCUAUUCUCUGGCAUCAGAUCUAGGACGCGAAGACAACGACAUCUUGUGGCUUGCCAUCAUUGGUGUCACAUCACUCGAGCUGUCUGGCCACACAUCUACUGGCCUAGGAACAUCCGUCUCGAGAACGGUGACCGUCUCGCAUGAGCACCAUAGAGGAUGGCGGACUACACGGUCUUCUCAGACAUAUGCUCUUCUACGCGACGAGGUCAGACGCUUGAAUCCCCCACCUGCAGACCAAUCGCCUUCAAUAUCUCCCAGUAGUGGUAGCACAGGUUCACCUAGCGACACGUCCAUUCGACUGACACCAGACCCGCGAUUUCUCCUGUUGAGGCAUUGGUCUCUGUACGACAGCAUGCUGCAUUCGCCUUAUCUUGCGUCUCGAUUACAUGUCUGGAACGAGUCCGGGAUCAAGCGACUUCACAAACUCCUCGCGAAGAUGGGGGUAUCCUUGACCCAGUGCAAACAGACAUAUACCCACAUGGACAUGGAUUUGAAGAAGACUCUCCGGGACCGCCUGCUGAAAUAUGCUGGUGUUUAUGGUCUCGACGAUCUUGUGCCCUCGGGGUCCGGGCGAGCAGCAUACGAACAAGAAGGAUGGGGUUUCAUCCGCUCUUGGGGCUGGAAAGCCCAACUAUCUGCUGUCGACGUGGGCGUCAUUCUAGGAGCAAUACUCGAUGUCGGCACAAACAACACCCCCACAUCCUCGGCAGUGUCGACUUCAUCGACGUCAUAUGCGGCGUCUUCGCAACAAACGACCGCCGCCGAUGACUUCCCGGAGCGUUCAGAAACGCUUCUGCCACGCUUCUUCGCUGCUUACGACGCUCUCGCACCCAACCACCCUACUCAUCUCAUCGCUGCCAUUCCAGCAGCGCAGCAUCUGCUACGAUCAAUCCUCCGCACAGGCUCUUCCUUGCUUAUGAAACACCAGAUCCGCCAUUUGCGUGCGUUUCGUAUGGGCGUUGUCAAAGAAGGACCUGACUUGGGACUUUUUGCGAACAGUCCCGGGGCAUUGGUAAAAUUAGCGUUAUGGGUCGGUGAGGCGAUUGCGGUGAGUGAGCGGGACAAAACCGGCACAGAACCACCAACUCCAUUAGUCCUUGCAGCUUUGGACGAGGCGAGAGGGACGUAUGUUGUUGUAGGCACGGGCGGAGGGAUUGGUGGCGGUGAGGACAUCGAAAGUAGAAAGGAGAAGGAGGAGCGCAAAAAGAAACGGGAGGAAGAAAGGGAGAAAAAGAGAAAGAUCAGAGAAGAGAAGAGAGCCGCACGGAAAGCUCAAAGAGAACUACUCGGCGACGACUCUGAUGCGGAGGAAGAUGAGACAGAAUCCGAAUCGGAGCCUGAUUCGGAAUCGGACGACGAGCAAGAAGACGAGGCUGAACAAGAAAGGAAACGGAAGAGAGGAUACGGCCACAAUCGCUUUGGUAUUGCUUUUCAAGAAGUUGUUGAGGAGACUAAUGCACGGGUCAAGAUUGAUUCGUUUGAUCACUGCAUUGUUGAGGUGAAGAAGGAGGACCUUGCGGGGUUUUUGGAGGGUUUAAGUCUGAAAGCUGUUGUUGGACGGUGA